AUGUCGCUCGCCUGUCCACAAUGCACUCUUGAGAACCCUCUCGACGUGACGCACUGCGUGUGCUGCACGUCGGCGCUUCCGCCCGACGAUCGCAUCCGCACGCUGCUGAACCAAGUGCACUCGCUCGCGUCCGAGCUCCACGACGCGCGCGCCAUCAUCGCGUCCCUAUCAGCAGCGCAUCGGCACGUAUCGCCACCAGUGCCUCGAACCCCACCAACCACCGUUGUCAACGUCAACGCACAGAGCCUCCGACGCAUGGGCUACCGUAGCCUGGACGCGUGGUUGGCCGCGUCGCCGCACCACAAAUAUGUGGGUCGUGGCAUGGCGGCGCGCGACGGCAAGCCCGCGAUGCCUGGCAGCGUCUGGGGCAAUCCGUUCAAGAUCGGCCGUGCCGGAACCCGAGACGAUGUCGUUCAACGGUACCGGGACUACAUAACAGAAAAAAUCACGCGCGGGGACGUCGACUUGAGCGAUGUGCGCGGCAAGGUGCUCGGGUGCUGGUGCAAACCGGAGGGUUGUCACGGCGACGUUCUCGCCGAGCUAGCCGAUGCGCAUACCGAAUGA